UGCAAUAGUUAUAAUAGCUAGGUAUUUUAAAAUAUUUUUCAUAAAGUCAGUAACAAUCUUCUGACACAAGCUCCUGGUGAUACAAAAUGAAAUUGGCUUGGAUUACACUUUUGCUCUUCGUCUACAAUGCUACAUCGAACCCUGCAUUGCAUAACAAAUUAAAAAUUAAACAAAUAUUAAAAAACAUCCGUCACCAUCAUUGGAUCGCCGAUAAAAAUGUUGCAAAUACAGAAAAAUACGAGAGAGAAGAUAUAACAUUGAUAAAAGAAGAUGGGGACAUAGAAUCAAACAAUCAACAAACUACUGGAACAAUUCAAGACAAUGAAGAAGGUAACGCAGAACACGAUAAAGAGGAAAAAAUCGUAAUGAAUAUCACUCCAAACGAUGUUAUUACUAUACGAGCUUUAACACGUGAAGAUAAUACUAACAAAGAAAACAUAAAAAACAAUUUGAAACAUGAUGAAAAAGCAACUUUUCUUGAUGGCAUAGCUAUAAAUAAUGAUGCUAAACUUAUUAACAGUUCUCCGUGUAUGAGAGGUAACGAGAAAGCUACUGUAAAAGUAUAUGAUAAUAUUAAUUUCGAUGCGAACUCGGUUACAACUGAUAUACAUUUAAAAAAUUAUGAUGACAUUGAAAACACAAAUAUCAUGGCUGCCAACAAUAAGCAGUAUAUAAAAGGCAACGUAACUGAAGAUGUUAAAAAUUCUGUUUUAAAUACAGACACGGUAACAACUGCAUCACAACCAGAAGUUGAUAAUACAACUGAAACUCAACACAUUUUCCGUUAUACGUAUAGAGUUGCAAAGUCACUAACAGAUAAGAAAAGGAAAGAUGGGAAUAUAAAUAAUCAUAAUAAGUCUACAGAUAAUACACAAAAAUCUAAUAAGACUAAGGAGACUGACAUAAAUAUGCAGACUCCUUACUUUGGUUGGAUAAAAGAAAAAAUAAGUAGACCAUUUAAUUGUUACGAUAAUCCUGAAAAAAAUAAGGCCGAAAUUGACAAUAAAACAGAAGUUAAAAAUACAACAGAAAUUGUAGAUAAAAGAGACAAAAAAACUAGAAUAUUUUUAUUUAAACUCAUUAUUUUGUUAGAUGAACUCCAAAACAGUACGAAUACAAAUGAAACCGCAGCCAACUCGGCAACUAAUUUCACGGACGACGCUGUUGAUGAAACAAGAACAGAAAACCUCAAAGAUAUAAUAAAUAACUUUAUAGACAUACAGAGCUUCAAAGAUAAAAUAGCCGCUUAAGCUCAAACAAUCCUUGUAAAUGAAGUUUUUGAUAAACUGAAGAAUAAUUAGGUACUUACAUAAUAAACAGUAUAUUGCAAAAGCACUCCAACAAAAUACAAACAGGCAAAAAUCGAUGAAAGUACAGCGAAUAUAAAUAAAAUAAAUACAGAAAACAAUCACGAAAAUAUAAUAUAGUCUCCUAAAUUCUACAUAAUAAUAUAAAAAUAAAAAUAUGACUGGCGGCGAGAGGGUGCUGUCGCCAAAGGAUGUUUUAGGACACCGAACUGAGCAUAGUACCCCGCUAGCCACAAGUUGGUAGUGUGACUAGGGAUCGACAGUCCAACGGUGUUAUGUUGGAUGUUGUAUAUACCCAUGCGUCUUGCUGUGUAAACUUCGAUAUCGCGUUUCACGACUGGUUGAAGACUGCACUAUUGAAUGUGGCGCCAUCUGUUGCCUGUGGGCGGAACUAGCUGGCCAACUAGUUGGGUCCGCCACAUGACCAUAGAAAAAGAAUUAUACGCGACGUAAACCAGAUAUUGGCCACGAUUCCUGCAGACACAUCCUAAUUAUACCUGUCAUUUUGCGACGACAGUGGCGGUGGCCAGCGAUUGUACUAUAUAACAUAAAAAUACAACAAUACCGUCACUA